GUCUACCUGCACAUCAAAAAAUUCAAACCAAUUCAAAUCUGAAAAAAAGCCUGGUAAAUUUCUAUUUGAUUCUGAAAUUUUGGGAACAAUGGGAACCAGGCUUAGAGGAUCAGGAAAUGUUAGAUGAAGUGAUACAUUUCUGUGAAAAUGGGUCCUUAAUAUCAUUAUGAGAAGCCUUCUUGACAAUCAACUAGAUCCUUCAUCUUUUUCUGCAUCUGCUGUAAUUGUCACUGCAUAUGGUUACUCUCAAUUCAGUCGUGUGCAUAUUCCUUCUUAUAAUGAGUAUGGUUUAUUUAAAAAAAAGUUUGUGUAGAAUUCCAAGUUUAUGCGGCAGAAUAGGCUCAUGUGGCUAUUGGCUGGAUGGGAAGCAUGCCCAAGGCCUACAAGCUGCAGCAGGUUUACAUGCACCAAUAGCUUCUGCAGCCAUCUGACUCUCCCCUCUGUGGCUGAGUGGAAAGCAGGCCAAAAGUCUCUAGGAACCUAGUGUGUGAGCAAGCACAAGGUCUGCAGCUUAACAAACAUCAUGACUUGCAGCAUUGAAGUCAUGGUAAUGACUCCAUUAUUGUCAUAACUUGAGGACCGCCUGUAUUGUAACAUCGAAGGACCACUUGUACUGUAACACUCCUUAAGAAGGAGAUACCCAGUGUUUCUGAAGAACCUGUUUGGGUUGUUUUGAUUUCAGUUUGCUGCUAACUAUUGUAUCUUGCUAUAGCCUUUUUGGAAGAGUAGCUCUUUGUCUCUUGUUCUCCCUCUUAAAGACUAAAAUAACAGAUGAAGUACUAACACAUGUCCUCUUUUGGUUGUCUCUGCAAUAACUGUACACUAUUUUUUUCCUAGACUUAAAAGACAUCUCUAAACCUGCUUCCACCAUCAGUGAUCUCUCUGCAAGUGACUCUCAGCAUCAAAAUGUACCUGCUUCAAUUGCUCUAGUUCCUCCUGAAAUAAAUAAGUUGUCUCACACAAAGCAGCCUGGUCCAGCUACCAUGACAUCAAACUUCCCUUCAUUCCAGGAGCCCCACAAUGCUUUAUCAGUCAAAGUCAAGAGUUCCUCUCGUUUUCCUUCUAUUGUUUUGUCACAGCAGCCAUACCAGCUCAGUGCAAACUCACACACUGAAGACCUUCCCAGCCAUUCAAAUGUGAUGACAUUCCAAACCUCAGCUGUUCAGGAUAAAUUGAAGCAACAAGUGGCCCAGAUUCUAGCCAUGUAUCCAGAGGGCAUGUCUCUGUUCCAGUUCCGUAUUGCCUAUAGUGCUACUUUUAAACAACAUUUCCCAGUGGGCAAUGCUGCUUCUACCAAGCAACGUCUUCUCGAGAUGCCGGACACUGUUUAUAUGAGGGGUCAUGGAGUUCAGGCAUUACUGUUGCCCGUGUCCCCUGAUGUAUCACCUGCAAAGCCAGGUCAACCUGCCUCUUCCAAAGUGGAGAAUGUUGCAGUGGUCCCUAGCCAUGCAUUGGUCCAUCCUGUAACUCUGACUAAACCUGCUGUAAAAAUCUUUGAAUCUUGCCUGGAGCCUGCUGUUCCCAAGGUUGCCAUUAUGCCUGUACCUAAACCCCAUAAUUCCUUCUUGCAAUAUUAUGAAUCCAUAAGAGCACCAGAAAAUAAUGGGAAUAAACCAUUCACUGAAUUUCAUCCCCAAAGCGUCCCAGGUUUUAUUAAAAUCGUGCAAACAAACACAUCUCCUUUGAAUGGUCCCAGUCCCAAGCUAAGAGAGAUCUCCUUCAUCCCACAUUUCUGUGCAGCUUUACCUACAUGUUCUCAAGGCACAGUAUGUGGUGAUAAUUUGCCGCCAGGUAUUCUUAAAUCCAGAUUUGCAUCUCCCACUAACUCAAAGAUUUCUGACACUCUCCCAUCAGUUGACUUGACACCAGUUCCCCCAGUUUCUGUAAAACCUGAAAUUUACUCUCCAAGGAGUACAUCACAGAGCUCUGUUGGUAUUCGGCCUAGCCUUCUUGUGCAACCACCAUUUCCCAUCUUGAGUACCGAACAAAGGAAUAGUAAUCAUGCUAUUGCAGAAUUUGAUUCCUUUUCUGAAGUGCAGAAACAGUCCAGAACUUUGCAGCACUUCUCAAGUCCUGACUCUUCUGCAAAGAGAAAUUCUGUUUCUCCAUUGUUUAGAAAUUCUGCAAGCUUCUUUCCACCCAGAUCCCAACCAGACCACCAAUUACAACAGCCUACCCAUGCAAGACUAGAUGGUCUACAACCCAGUUCUGUUUCUUUAGCAGAUAAAGGCCUCCUAAAAACCUCUUUGGACAGAGUAUCUCCUGUAGCCAUGUAUCAGAGAGAACCCACUUACGUGAAUCCUCUUGAAACCAGCUCAACUUCAGAAUCAUUCAGUACCUGUUCAGUCAGUGGACCUCUUCGGCCUUUGCACACUUCAUCUGUGAUUGCCAAUAAUUCCAUGGCUUUGUCAUCUGUGUCCUCCUCAGGGACAGAAGCAGUAAGUCCAGCUUCUUCUCCAAUAGACUCUAUUGCCAGUGCUUCUGCUAAUAUCACCAGUAAUUCCAGUCCUUUGUUUCCUGAGACUCCUACUUCCACUCAGCAGAGACAGUAUGCCAGCGCAGCUGCUACUGUUAUCUCAAACAAAAAAACAACAAGCCCUACUUCUUUGUCAUCAGAAUCCACCACCAGUUCACACUACCAGUUUGCAUAUGCUUCCAGCAGGAUGACCACUAGUUCCAGUGCCCUAUCUUCUGAGACUUAUGCUUUCACACAUCAGAGACAGAAUGCACAGGCAGGUGGGACUAUAAUUGCCUCAAGUACAAAAACAGUGAGUUCCAUUUCUUCUCUAGAUUCUUCCACCAGCUUAUCUUGCCACCAUAUCUAUGCUUCUGCCAAGCCCUCCAGUAGGUCUAGUGUGUUGUCACCUGAAGCUUGUGCUUUUUCAUAUCAGAAACAACAAAGUGCAACUGGUGCUGCAGGCUCUUCAGGGACAAGAUCAAGAAGCAAAACACCUUCCCCUUCAAAGUCCACUGCAUAUCAUACUCCAAAUGUUGCUUCCAGAACUACUUUAAAUCAUGAUCCUUCGAGUCAGGAUAAUGUCACAUCCUCAUUUUCUAAACAGGGGAACCAUUAUAUGUCUUUGCAAGAAAAGCAGAUGCCUGAGCCCACUUUUACUUCUGCUGUCUCCCGAAUCUAUGAUGCAUGUCUCAUCCUAUAAAGCUAGCCUUAAAAUGGUCCAUAUGAAGACAUUUGCCUAUGGAUACUUUUUUUUCAGGGAGAGAUGCCUCUUGAAAGUGCUGCCUAAGUGCAUUCAGAGACCAUCCUUGUCUAAGCCAACAAGUGACUAACUAUCAAAUUCAGAGAAUUCUCUCUUUAGAAUAUUGAAAAUGAAUUGAUGCAGCCAUAAAAAGAACUGUCAUUAAGAUUGCACACAGUGAGAUAGCUACCUCAAAUGGCACAUAACGGAGUUAGAGUACAGUAGAGGAAAGAAUGAUGGGUGCUCUUAUAGCUAUUACAGUGCCCUCUAGCUGAUUAUCUGGCUUUUUAUGUGAUGGAAAACUCCAUCAACAGCAUUGAACCAAUGUCAGCUGAUUUAACUCAUUUUCUGAAUGAGCAGAAGCUGUGAUUUCUCCCCCCCCCUUAGGUGGGUGUACACCAGGGUUCUUCACGGCAAACUUAGCCCUUUUAUGACUGGUGGACUUCAACUCCCAGAAUUCCUCAGCCAGAUACACUGGCUGAGGAAUUCUGGGAGUUGAAGUCCACAAGUCAUAAAAGGGCCAGGUUUGAAGAUCCCUGGUGUACGCCCUGGGUUGUCUUGCCCAGAAAUAUCACUGUGAGAUCUUUCUUUUAGUUCUACUAACUAGAGCUCUUUUUUUUGGUGGUGGAGGGCGAGGCAGGGUAAAAUUGUAAUUGUCCAGGGUGGUCAGAUUCUAUGCUGGAAGCAGCUUGGUUUGCUAUUGUGCAAGCUGUAAUUGUGUAUAAUUACUUUAUAUUGUUCUUUUCUGAAAUCAUGGGCACAAACUGAUUCCUGAACCUUUGGCCUUCUCUCUCAAUCUUCUGAAAUGUUUGUAUGCAACACAUUUGAAACAAUUCUGAAGCAAUUUGUUUCAAUAAUUUGCAAGAUGUUGAAUGUAUUGCUCUCUGAAUCCUGUAAUACCUGGGAGCAGAAUGGUUGAAGAUUGUUCUUUCUGUAUUUUUCUAUGGGAAUUCUGCUGAAUCAUCUUCACAUGAGUUGUGAUUUGGCAAAAAUAGAAACCUGGAUUGUUCUGAUUCUGAGUUGUGACCAAAACAAAUAUGAAGACAUGCUGGAAUGAUUUUAAGAACGAAUGCAGCUAGGUUGGAAUGUGUUGCUUUUUGCCCUCCUGCUUCUCCACACAGGGUGGGUAUUUGCCUGCUCACUUCCUAUUUUCCCAGCACUCUUCCCUUUUACUCCUUCAGCUGUGACUGAUGUCCCAGUGCUGCAUAUGCCACUGGCUGACCUGUCCUUCAAUCUUCCCAGCACCUUCUCCUUAGCUACCUCCUACCCUUUUCCUCAUAGUCUUCUCUUUCCUUCUUUUCUCGAUAAACCUUUUUUCUAAACCUGCUUCUGGCUUAUUACCAACCAUUUCUAUUUGCAACUACCUUCCCCUCCCCAUGUCUAUAGAGAAAGAAGUUAACCUCUUAAAGGUAGUUAUAUUGAAGGAUAAAAAUUUAGGAGAAUAUAUUCAAGCAACAAUAAUUUAAGGGAUGUGCAAAUUGUUUUGCAGACAAAUAUUCCAUCUCCAACUUAAUUGCUGUUUAGAAAAUUAAUACUUUAUGUAAUACUUUUGUUCAUUGUAUGUGGAUCUUUUGACUUAUAUUUUUGUGUCAAAUAAAAUAAAAUGUUUAGCAGA